AUGGGCAAGAUCAUAUUUUUCGAAGACAGGAACUUUCAGGGUCGCUCUUUUGAGUGCAUGAGCGACUGCUCUGACUUGUCCUCCUACCUGAGCAGGUGUGCUUCCUGCCGGGUUGAGAGUGGCUGCUUUAUGGUGUACGAUCGCCCAAACUACAUGGGGAACCAGUAUUUCUUGAGGAGGGGGGAAUACUCUGAUCACAUGUCAUUGGGCAUGAGUGACUCCAUUCAAUCCUGCCGCCUGAUUCCUCAGCACAGAGGCUCUUACAGGAUGAGGAUUUACGAGAGGGAGAACUUCCAGGGCCAGAGCCACGAGCUGAUGGAUGACUGUGACAACAUCCAGGAACGGUACCGCAUGACUGACUGCCAGUCCUGCAACGUGAUCGAUGGCCACUGGCUGAUGUACGAGCAGCCCCACUUCAGUGGCAGGAUGACGUACCUGAGGCCUGGAGAGUACAGGAGCCCCAGGGACACGGGAUACAGUAACAUUAGACUCUGCUCUGCCAGACGCAUUGUGGAUUCCUGCUGA